AUGUUGUCUAGCCGGAUUUUGAGCAGGUCUUUUUUUGCGUCUGCUGUUAACCUUCAAGCUAAGUUAACAGAUGUGCUUAUUGUUGGCGGUGGUCCUGCCGGGUUGACAUUGGCUGCUGCUAUCAAACAAUCUCCCCACUUAUCGGAUCUAUCAACUGUAUUGGUCGAUGCAGGUGAUUUGAAGGAAAAAAUAGGCGGUUUCUACCAUGAUCCACCAGACAAUUUCACCAAUAGAGUGAUCAGUUUAACACCCCAAUCUAAGCACUUCUUAGAGAAUACUGUUGGGGUAUCGUUGAUGGAAGAGAGAAUUCAGCCCUUUGAUGGUCUAUACGUUACAGAUGGAUGCUCUAAUGGUACUUUAGAGAUGGAACGGGAUUCAAUGGGGUUUAUGGUUGAAAUCUUGAACAUUCAAAGUUCGUUGUUGGCGAAACUACGUUCAAGUAAUGCACCAAAUUUGGAUCUUAUUGACAAAACAAAAGUCCAAAGUAUUGAAUAUGAAGAUCCCGAAGAUACUAAAUCAUGGCCGGUGGUGACCCUAGACAGUGGGGAACAAUAUAAGACACGCUUGUUGAUAGGUGCCGAUGGAUUCAACAGUCCAGUUCGGAAAUUUUCUGGGAUUGAGUCAAGAGGCUGGUUUUACGAGAGAUUCGGAGUCGUAGCUACCUUGAAACUAGAAUAUCCUCCGUUCAAAAUUAGAGGAUGGCAAAGAUUCUUACCAACUGGACCAGUGGCUCAUCUUCCAUUACCAGGUACGAACUCUACGUUAGUUUGGAGUACCACUGAACCAUUAUCAAGAUUGUUAUUAUCUUUGGAUGACGACGUAUUUGUGGCCUUGGUCAACGCAGCGUUCAUCUUGGAGGACGUUGAUCUCGAAUAUUACUAUAAGUCCUUACAGGAGGGAACUAUUACGGGCGAAGAAUUGAUUCAAGAUGUUGACUUCAGAAUCAAUGAGAAAUUUAAUUCAUUCAAAGACGACUCUGUCAUCGACGAAAAAUACCCCCCUAAGGUGAUUGACAUCUUGGAUAAAUCAAGAGGGAGAUUCCCACUAAAACUCUCUCAUGCUGACACAUAUGUCGCUGAAAGAAUUGCCCUUGUUGGCGAUGCAGCACAUACGACACAUCCAUUGGCAGGUCAAGGCUUGAAUAUGGGGCAAGGUGAUGUGGAGUCUCUCAUUAAAGCAUUGGAAAAGGCUAGACAAAGAGGAUUAGACAUUGGUUCUCUGUUGGCUUUAGAACCGUACUGGGCAGACCGCUAUCCUACCAACAACAUGUUACUAGGUGUGGUAGACAAGCUACAUAAGCUAUACUCUACAGAUUUCGGUCCUCUAGUUUCCUUGAGAACGUUUGGCUUAAAUUUAGUCAACAGCUUACAACCUUUGAAAGAUCUGAUGGUAGGAAAAGUUAGCGGACCAAGUAAAUAG